AUGUCAUGUAUCUCACCUAGUGAUAAACUAACAGCCACAUGUAUCUCACCUAGUGAUAAACUAACAGCCACAUGUAUCUCACCUAGUGAUAAACUAACAGCCACAUGUAUCUCACCUAGUGAUAAACUAACAGCCACAUGUAUCUCACCUAGUGAUAAACUAACAGCCACAUGUAUCUCACCUAGUGAUAAACUAACAGCCACAUGUAUCUCACCUAGUGAUAAACUAACAGCCACAUGUAUCUCACCUAGUGAUAAACUAACAGCCACAUGUAUCUCACCUAGUGAUAAACUAACAGCCACAUGUAUCUCACCUAGUGAUAAACUAACAGCCACAUGUAUCUCACCUAGUGAUAAACUAACAGCCACAUGUAUCUCACCUAGUGAUAAACUAACAGCCACAUGUAUCUCACCUAGUGAUAAACUAACAGCCACAUGUAUCUCACCUAGUGAUAAACUAACAGCCACAUGUAUCUCACCUAGUGAUAAACUAACAGCCACAUGUAUCUCACCUAGUGAUAAACUAACAGCCACAUGUAUCUCACCUAGUGAUAAACUAACAGCCACAUGUAUCUCACCUAGUGAUAAACUAACAGCCACAUGUAUCUCACCUAGUGAUAAACUAACAGCCACAUGUAUCUCACCUAGUGAUAAACUAACAGCCACAUGUAUCUCACCUAGUGAUAAACUAACAGCCACAUGUAUCUCACCUAGUGAUAAACUAACAGCCACAUGUAUCUCACCUAGUGAUAAACUAACAGCCACAUGUAUCUCACCUAGUGAUAAACUAACAGCCACAUGUAUCUCACCUAGUGAUAAACUAACAGCCACAUGUAUCUCACCUAGUGAUAAACUAACAGCCACAUGUAUCUCACCUAGUGAUAAACUAACAGCCACAUGUAUCUCACCUAGUGAUAAACUAACAGCCACAUGUAUCUCACCUAGUGAUAAACUAACAGCCACAUGUAUCUCACCUAGUGAUAAACUAACAGCCACAUGUAUCUCACCUAGUGAUAAACUAACAGCCACAUGUAUCUCACCUAGUGAUAAACUAACAGCCACAUGUAUCUCACCUAGUGAUAAACUAACAGCCACAUGUAUCUCACCUAGUGAUAAACUAACAGCCACAUGUAUCUCACCUAGUGAUAAACUAACAGCCACAUGUAUCUCACCUAGUGAUAAACUAACAGCCACAUGUAUCUCACCUAGUGAUAAACUAACAGCCACAUGUAUCUCACCUAGUGAUAAACUAACAGCCACAUGUAUCUCACCUAGUGAUAAACUAACAGCCACAUGUAUCUCACCUAGUGAUAAACUAACAGCCACAUGUAUCUCACCUAGUGAUAAACUAACAGCCACAUGUAUCUCACCUAGUGAUAAACUAACAGCCACAUGUAUCUCACCUAGUGAUAAACUAACAGCCACAUGUAUCUCACCUAGUGAUAAACUAACAGCCACAUGUAUCUCACCUAGUGAUAAACUAACAGCCACAUGUAUCUCACCUAGUGAUAAACUAACAGCCACAUGUAUCUCACCUAGUGAUAAACUAACAGCCACAUGUAUCUCACCUAGUGAUAAACUAACAGCCACAUGUAUCUCACCUAGUGAUAAACUAACAGCCACAUGUAUCGCGCAUUGA